UUGACUUUCUUGCUACCGCCAUCAUGUCGCUCUCGCAAUCGUGGACGCUCGACAACAGCAACAACGACGUCGCGGCGGAACUCCACCAAGUUCUCCUUGGCCUUCCUGGCCCCGUGUUUGUUACCGCCGGCGACUUGGCCGAUGCGUUCACGUUCCGCGUCACCACGGACACACAAGCCGUGCUGGACAACAUCGAGCUGUUCACGGAAUGGGGGUCGCCGCUGCUCCAAGUGACGGCGGCGUCGUUCGACGCCACCAAGUUCCCCAACGCGACGUUCCUCGGUGAAUUGACCGUUCCUUCCCAUCGUCUGCAAGGCAUCGAGUGCGCCGGCAAUGGCGCGUGCAUUGUCGCCACGGGCACGCACACGGUGGACGCAGACUUGUCGCUCAAGGUGUCUGGCUCCGGCACGCUCUUCGUCUCCACGAACGACAUCACGGCCCGCUUCAUCAAGGUCGAGAACGAAGGGGCGGGCAACGUCCAAUGGUCCGCGAACCGCGUGGCGUCGCAGUCGCUCAAGGUUUCCACCACUGGCUCGGGCAGCGUGUUGAUCUCGUCGCCGGCGGAAAUCGUGCCACAAGCUGUCGACGUCCAAGUGAAAGGCACGGGGAGCGUGUACUUUGGUGGCAAGCCAUUCAACGCGCCCACAGUCUCGUCGGGAGUGUCUGGCACGGGCAACAUCACUUUCUUGCCCACGGCGGUGUGUGGCACGCACAACAUUUCGAUUUCCGGAGUGGGGGGAGUGUACGCCGGAUCGUUGAAGGCCCAGAACACGUCUGUGUCCAUCACGGGGGGCGGCCGCGCCGUGGUCAAGUCGGUGAAUGCGCUCUAUACCAACGGCGCGGGCGACGUCACGUAUGUCACCCCCAAGCCGGCCAUCAUCGAGGCCGAACGCUCCUUGUUUAACAAGGGCCCAGUGCUCACCACUGUCAACUUCUACGCGCCGUUCGCGUCCCUCCAACUGCCCGCGCACGAAGCUACCCAAGUGGGCGUCAAGGUGUUGGCCACCCAAACCCCCACGACGGCGGUUCCGGAAUUCUCGUCGGUGCCUUCCACAGCGGGGGAGACGACAGGCUCCUUGGCCCCCAAGGUGUCGCAAGGCGCUGCGCCCUCGUCGUCGACGGACGUGGCAGCGACCGACUUCAACGGCCUCUUGUGGUUUGUGGGAGGCCUCGGGCUCGCCAUAGUCGUGGUCGUCGUACUCUUGCGUCGUCACCUUGGCAACAAGCGCAAGGAAUACACCCCUGUCUAAAUAGUAACCGUACUGGUUUGAAAAGUUAGUUUGACCUGGGAAUCGAUGCUGUUGUUUACAGUGCGAUUUGCAAGGAUACAACAGUGGGUUCGUACAGUGCUCUUUCUCG